AAGUCACAAGGGCUACACACAUCAUCUAGAGUAGUACUACUACUACUAAUUCCAUUCCAUUUCUCUCUUGUGAGAAAAAUAUUUUCACCAAAAAAAAAAGAGAGAGAAAAUGGUGAAGUUCUCUAAGCAGUUUGAGGGUCAGCUUGUUCCUGAGUGGAAAGAGGCAUUUGUUGAUUAUUGGCAACUCAAAAAGGACCUCAAGAAAUUCCAUCUCCAAAACAAUAACAACUCACCAAACAAGCAACAAGCAAGCUCUUUACCAAACACCCUCUUUUCCUCCCUUAGGAAGUUCACUCUGUUUGGCCAUCAACAUAGAGAACAUGGGGUCAUUCAAGUUCAUACGAAACUCGGAUCCUCAGCUAGUAAAGGGGACAUGUAUGAGACUGAAUUGCUAGAGCAAUUUGCUGACACUGAUGCUGCUAAGGAAUUCUUUGCUUGUUUGGACCUCCAACUUAACAAAGUGAAUCAAUUUUACAAAGGAAAAGAGAGAGAGUUCCUUGAGAGGGGGGAAUCACUGAAGAAACAAAUGGAGAUUCUCAUUGAGCUUGAAAUCGCGCUUAAGAAACAGCGCGAGAAAGGAGCUUCUUCCCAGGAUCCCAAGGAGGAUGAGUCCAUUUCAGGCACCAUUUCAUGUGAUGAAGAGUCCAUUAGGGACAAAACAGAGCAAGAACAGGAGCAGGACAGCACAGUAGAUGUGUUCAACAAAAAUGAUGCACAAUUCAUAGACUCUCCAAAAUCAGAUGACAUGGAAAAAUCAAUGAGAAUGAAAAGGGAUGAUGGGAAGAUGAGAACUCUCUCGGCUCGGGCUUUCAGUUUCCAAGGGAAAAACUUAAGAAUAAAUAUUCCUCUGACGAAUCCAACCCGCACCUUCUCAGCAGUCAGUUAUUUACUUUGGGAUGAUUUGGUCAAUCAGUCCUCAAAGAAAUGUGGCCCAGAAGGAAGUAAGCUUCACAUCAACAAAAAAAAGCUUCGCCACGCAGAGAAGAUGAUUAAAGGAGCUUUCAUUGAGCUCUAUAAAGGGUUGGGUUACCUUAAAACCUAUAGGAACUUGAACAUGCUUGCUUUUGCAAAGAUUUUAAAGAAAUUUGACAAAGUCACUAACAAAGAAGUCCUUCCCAUUUACUUAAAAGUGGUUGAGAGCUCCUAUUUCAACAGCUCAGACAAGGAUAUGAAGUUAGCAGAUGAGGUUGAGGAUCUAUUUGUCAAACACUUUGCGGAAGAUGACAGAAGAAAGGCCAUGAAAUACCUUAAACCGACUCAGCCUAAAGACUCACAUGCAGCAACCUUCUUCAUAGGGCUAUUCACUGGAGGUCUCAUCGCGCUUUUUGCUGGAUAUGUCAUCAUGGCUCAUGUCAUGGGGAUGUACAGAAAUCAAGCAGAUACAAUUUACAUGGAAACUGUUUAUCCUGUACUUAGCAUGUUCAGCCUAUUGUUUCUACACCUAUUUUUGUAUGGAUGCAAUAUUUUUAUGUGGAGGAAAGCUCGUAUAAAUCAUAGCUUCAUCUUUGAGCUGGCCCCGGCAAAGGAACUUAAAUAUAGAGAUGUGUUUCUGAUCUGUACAACAUCAAUGACUGCUGUGGUGGGAGUGAUGUUUGGUCAUUUGGCACUUGUGGCAAAAGGGUAUUCCUACACUCAAGUGAAAGCCAUCCCCGGAUUUUUGCUACUGGCCUUCUUGCUACUGCUUGUGUGCCCCUUCAAUAUCGUAUACAAAUCAAGCCGUUACUGUUUCCUUCGAGUGAUAAGGAACAUCAUUCUAUCACCACUCUACAAGGUCGUCAUGCUGGACUUCUUCAUGGCUGAUCAACUUUGUAGCCAGGUACCAAUGCUGAGAAACCUUGAGUACGUAGCGUGCUACUAUAUAACAGGGAGCUUCAAAAAUCAGGACUAUGGAUAUUGCAUGAGGACCAAAAAUUACAGGGAUCUUGCUUAUGCUGUCUCUUUCCUACCUUAUUAUUGGCGGGCAAUGCAGUGUGCUCGUAGAUGGUUUGAUGAAGGACAGACAAGCCACCUUGUCAACUUAGGCAAAUAUGUGUCUGCAAUGUUGGCUGCUGGUGCCAAAGUGGCUUAUGAGAAAGAAAGGAGUGUGGGAUGGCUUUGUCUGCUCGUGGUCAUGUCGAGUGCUGCAACAGUGUAUCAGUUGUAUUGGGACUUUGUCAAGGACUGGGGUUUGCUCCAGUUCCAUUCACAUAACCCCUGGUUAAGGAAUGAAUUAAUGCUUCGACAAAAGUUCAUUUACUACUUCUCCAUGGGACUGAACCUUAUUCUGAGACUUGCUUGGCUACAAACUGUUAUGCAUUACAAUUUUGGAAGUGUUGAUUACAGAGUUACCGGGCUAUUUUUAGCAGCCCUUGAAGUGAUUAGGAGAGGACAAUGGAAUUUCUACAGGUUGGAGAAUGAGCAUCUAAAUAAUGCUGGUCAUUUCAGAGCUGUGAAGACAGUACCACUUCCUUUUCAUGAAGUGGAUGAAGAAGACUGAUGCCCAUUAGCAACAGUCGCGGUGACAGAAUACGAUUCAGGGUCACGGAUGUUCUUCCACCCUGUGAGAUUAGACAAAAAGAACCUCAUUGUCAUCAUACAAGUUGAUGUAACAUGACUGCAUGACUCCAACUUGUCUAUCAUUGUUCGAAUCAGAUUCGCGGAAAUAAUUUAUACUUGUAUACAGAAUUUUCUUCAACAAGUAUAAAGAAUGAUGCUUGCCCUUGUAAAUUUCUAGUUAACACCUUGUUACAAGUUUUUAACUUUUGCCACCACCUAUCUGUCAAUUCCUGUUUAGAUUGUCAAGAGAGAGUCUGUUUGGUCAUGCCCUGUUUCAUUGAGUUGGGGCUUGUUUUGCAUAUUACUUGACAGCUGAAAUGUAGCUAAUCUGCAUAUGUAAUGCACAGAUAGUAUCAUUGUUGGCUCAAAGAUUAAGCAAUUUCUUUUGUACAAUCUUUUCCCAGAUUAUGGUUUUGUUU